AUGUUCUACGGUGCAGUAUCGGAUUUCUUCGCGCAAGCAGUCAUUUCUUUUCUUCUUGGUCAUCGUAAUCUAUCAGUCUUCAGUGAAUUCUUGGAGACUCUCACAAGUACCGAUGCAGCGAGUGUGGUCAAACUAUCGCGGAUAAGAUCUGUAGCAAGUGCAUAUAUCUUGUCCACUUUGCAAGAAAAUUACGGUUUCUUGAUCAACUUCUCCCCGACAAACGAAUCAACAAGAUACAGCACGUAUUCCUUACGAAACAAACUCCCUUCACCUGCCGAAAGCACACCAGAGACACCGGUUGCUGAAGUCGAACAUGCCAACAUCAAUCCGGAUUUGACUGAAUAUUUCGCCUUCAAAGCGAUGCCCGGUCACACUGGCAACGAGGGAUCAUGUCAGGAGCUCGUGAAUAAUGCUGUCAAUCAGAUUUCUGAAGUUUGCAAGCGGGACGAUCUCGUUAUUGAGCAAGACAUUGUCAGUCUCGUCGAAGCCGCGUCGUCAACCUCAAUUCUGGACAAAAUGGAUUACGCUUUCAAACGAUUCUUAUGGCUAUAG